UGUUACUUUCAAAACGAGAGAAAACUAAAAUUUUUCAAAGUUUACACUAAAAAUAAUUGCAUCUUGGAGUGUCGCAGCUUUAAUAUAUUGGCGGAGUGUGGUUGUGUGCCUUUUUACUACUUAAGAAUGAACAAUACGCCAGUUUGUGGACCUGCUAAAACAGCAUGUUGGGUUACUGCAUCGCAGACUUCGUCAGAUGCAUGUGAUUGCUUACCGGGCUGUUCUGAAUUUUUUUUCAAAACAUCGUCAAUGAAUGCGCAGCUCACUGAAUCUGAUAAAAAAGAAAAUACAAAUGACCUGGCACCAAGUUCGAUAAUAUUAAGUGUAUAUUAUCAGAGUAAAAAUUUCAUUGGACAUAAUCGAAUAAUGACUUAUACAUUCGGUCAAUUUAUGGGCCUGACGCUAUUUGACCGUAUAGUGGUUCAACGGCCAUCUCCUGUUCGAGAUUGUGUUCAUUAA